AUGCCAGACACAAAGCGAGUCAUUCCUCUUGAGUCCAACCCGGAUAUUUUUAAUGCAUUGGCCCAGCAAUUGGGUCUUUCACCUGUUCUCUCCUUCCAGGAUGUCUACUCCAUCACCGACCCAGACUUGGUAGCAUUCUUGCCCCAGCCAGUGAUGGCACUCAUCAUGUUGUUCCCAAUAACUGAGUCAUACGAAGCAUACCGGAAACAGCAGGAUGAAACGACAUCUAAUGAUUCGGAUGGGGCCAUUUGGUUCAAGCAAACCAUUGGCAAUGGGUGCGGACUUUAUGCUCUUCUCCACAUAUUGGCCAACUUGCCCCGGGAUUUCAUCGUGACCAAUCUGAUGCUCAACAAGAAUUUACUCCUGCAGCUCUCACCAGAUAUGCUGGUGGAGGAAGUUUCCAAGUUGGUGGAGUUGCUAGAGCAAAACAUCCAGCUCGACUCCAACUAUGGCUCGCAGGGCCAGACGGAGGCACCUGCGGCUGCAGACAAUACUGAAUACCAUUUCAUUACGUAUGUCAGAGGUGCGGAUGGCCAUCUUUACGAGCUUGACGGACGCAGAACUGGGCCCGUGGACUUGGGCCCUUCGUCAGAUCCACACAUUCUUAACGACAGCAAGCUUGUCGAAAAGAUCCAGUUUUACAUGGACAACACAGAUGAGAGCCAGAGGAACAACUUUGCAUUGAUGGCGGUAGCUCCAUCAUUGUAG